GCACCCACUGGCCACCUUUUUCCACCUGUUUUUCCGAGUGAGUGCCAUUGUCACCUACUUGUUGUGUGACUGGUUCAGCAACAGCUUCGUUGCCUGUUUUGUCACUAUUCUCCUCCUUCUAUCCUUUGACUUUUGGUCAGUUAAGAACGUGACAGGAAGACUCUUGGUUGGUUUACGUUGGUGGAACCAGAUUGAUGAAGAUGGAAAAAGCCACUGGGUGUUUGAAGCAAAAAGGGUGCCUACAGUAGCUGCCUCAACUGAAGCUGAAGCUCGAAUUUUUUGGCUUGGUCUCAUUAUCUGUCCAGUUAUUUGGACCAUGUUUUUCUUUAGCACUUUGUUCUCCUUGAAGCUGAAAUGGCUGGCUCUUGUGAUAGCUGGGAUCUCCCUUCAGACUGCUAAUUUAUAUGGCUACAUCCACUGCAAAUUAGGGGGACAAAAAAGCAUCAGCAGAGUAACCUCAAGGUUUUUUGUCACAGCAGAUGUUCCCAAGAGACAGACAAGGAGAAUGUCAGGAGACCGCACUGAGGAACAUGGGAAGAGAGGCACUAGAUAAUCAAAUAAGGAAGAACAAGAAGGAUGAAUAGUAAAAACACUCAUUUGUGAAAGCUGUUCUUCAUAGGAAAGUAGUUAAGUAAAAGCUUUUCUAGAAUU